AACUGGUUUGUUCACUACUACAAAGACCCCCCCUCUCUCUCCUCUUUUUCUCUCUCUAACAACACACUCUCACCCUUUCUCUCUCCUCUGUUUCCACCUCCAUUUCUCUCUCUGUCUAAAGCUCAUUGUGUGGUGAUCAAAUGGUGGAAGAAAGAGAUCGCUUGGACUACAGGUGAAAGUAAAGAAUCAUAUGGGGAAAAGAUUGUAAUUUCUAGGGUUUGAACUUACUUUGACAGCUCAAUUUAGUUGGAGUAGUUGGGAAUCUCAGUUUCCUCUUGAUUUGAGUUCAAAUCAGGUCCAUUAAUGGUGCUUCAUUGAUGCAAAUUGCAAUGCUUUGCCCUAUUAAUACUUUCUAUAUUGGAUAAAGCAGUCCAAUGUCACGUGUUUAGCAAGUCAUGUUGUGUGUAUUUCUCAUUAAAUAUUCUUGUUGUGCUGUUUGAUAGUAAUUGAAGAGAUCAGGAAUCUGCUUGUUUGUUUAGUAGCAAAAUUCACGGGUAUAGUGUAAUUCAGUGAGAAUUUUUUUGGGUAUUAAGUUGUAUUCUCUGAUUUUCCGGGAAAGUGGAAAGGAAAAUGACAAUGGCAAUUUGGGGGAGUUUAAUCUAUUUGUAAAUUGAAUAGCGGAAUAUGGCUGGUGGUCGAAGGAGAGGGAUACAUUUUAGCAAACUAUAUUCAUUCUCGUGUUUACGGCCUUCGUUUAGAAAAGAACAUAGCCAAGUUGGGAAAAAAGGUUACUCAUGGGUUGUGUAUUGUAAUGAUCCUGAUAAUCCGGAAACAGCUCAGCUUAAUUACAGUAGUAAUUAUGUUUCCACAACUAAGUAUUCAGCCGUGAAUUUUAUCCCCAAGGCAUUGUUUGAGCAGUUUAGGAGGGUUGCGAAUAUAUACUUUCUUAUGGUAGCAUGUGUUUCGUUUAGUCCUUUGGCUCCCUAUUCGCCUUUUAGUGUUCUUGCGCCUCUGGUGGUGGUGAUUGGAGCUACCAUGAUUAAGGAAGCUGUGGAAGAUUGGAGGCGUAAAAAGCAGGAUAUAGAGGCCAACAACAGAAUGGUCAAAGUGUAUGAUAAUAAGAGUGGUACUUUCUAUGAAACCAAAUGGAAGAAACUACGUGUUGGUGACCUUGUUAAGGUUUGCAAGGAUGAAUAUUUCCCUGCUGACCUGUUUCUGCUUUCAUCUAGCCAUGAGGAUGGGAUUUGUCAUGUUGAAACCACGAACCUAGAUGGAGAGACUAAUCUGAAGGUUAAGCAUUCUUUGGAUGUGACAGCGCCUCUGCGUGAUGAAAGUUCUUUUCAGAAGUUUAAGGCAGUGAUUAAGUGUGAGGACCCAAAUGAAGAACUUUUUUCCUUUAUUGGAACUUUGUUCUAUGAUGAUCAAGAGUUUCCGCUUUCCAUACAACAGAUCCUUUUAAGAGAUUCUAAACUUCGAAAUACUGAUUAUAUUUAUGGUGUCGUUGUGUUUACUGGGCAUGACACAAAAGUGAUGAAAAAUGCAACAGAUCCUCCUUCUAAGAGGAGUAAGAUCGAGAGGAAAAUGGAUAAGAUAGUAUACAUCCUUUUUAGUGUUCUUGUUUUGACAUCUUUUAUUGGAUCUGUUUUUUUUGGAAUUGAAACUAAGAAAGACAUUCAUCAUGGGAACUAUAGAAGGUGGUAUCUUCGGCCAGACAAUGCAACUGUGUUUUAUGACCCCAAAAGAGCUACACUGGCUGCAGUUCUUCAUUUCUUGACAGGUCUUUUGUUGUAUGGAUAUUUAAUUCCAAUAUCUUUAUAUGUAUCCAUUGAGAUCGUCAAGGUUUUACAGAGUAUAUUUAUCAAUCAAGAUCUGGAUAUGUAUCACGAGGAAACAGAUACACCUGCACAUGCACGCACAUCUAAUCUAAAUGAGGAACUUGGCCAAGUUGAUACUAUACUGUCUGACAAAACAGGUACUUUGACAUGCAACUCCAUGGAGUUUGUCAAAUGUUCAAUAGCAGGCAAUGCUUAUGGCCGUGGUAUGACAGAAGUGGAGAGGGCACUGGUAAGGAGAAAAGGUGUUGGGCAAUCUGGUGUUGGGGAUACUUCAUCUGAUUUGCCUGGAAGUACUGGUGAUGGUGUGGACUUAGGAAUCAAAGGUUUCAAUUUCAGAGAUGAACGCCUCAUGAAUGGGAAUUGGAUUAAUGAACCUCAUGCAGAUGUCAUACAGAAGUUCUUUCGAGUGUUAGCAAUCUGCCAUACAGCCAUUCCAGAGGUGAAUAACGAAACAGGUGAAAUUUCUUAUGAAGCUGAGUCACCGGAUGAAGCUGCCUUUGUCAUUGCUGCAAGGGAGCUUGGCUUUGAAUUCUAUGAAAGAACCCAAACGACCAUCAAAUUGCACGAAUUGGAUUACAAGAGUGCUAAAGUGGUUAAUAGGUCAUACAAGCUUCUUCAAGUCUUAGAGUUCAGUAGUGCUAGUAAAAGAAUGUCGGUUAUUGUAAGGAAUCCAGAGAAUCAAUUGUUACUUCUUUGCAAGGGUGCAGACAGUGUAAUGUUUGAAAGGCUCUCAGAAAAAGGAUGGGUAUUUGAGGCUGAAACCAAAGAACAUAUCAAGAAAUAUGCUGAGGCAGGUUUACGAACAUUGGUAGUUGCAUACCAUGAAAUAGGUGAAGAAGAGUACAGAGUAUGGGAAAAGGAGUUCUUGAAGGCCAAAACUUCUGUCAGUGAAGACCGAGAUGCACUGAUUGAUGCAGCUGCUGACAAGAUUGAAAGAGAGUUAAUUCUCCUUGGUGCUACAGCCGUUGAGGACAAACUACAAAAAGGGGUUCCCGAAUGCAUUCACAAGCUUGCAAAAGCUCAGAUUAAGCUAUGGGUGUUAACUGGUGAUAAGAUGGAAACUGCAAUUAAUAUUGGGUAUGCUUGUGGCUUACUAAGACAAGAAAUGGUGCAGAUAGUGAUCACAUUAGAUUUUCCAGAUAUAAAUGUCUUGGAAAAACAAGGGGACAAUGAAACCUACAAAAAGGCUUCAAAAGAAAGUGUAGAAAAACAAAUAAGAGAAGGACUAGCUCAAAUUGAUUCAGCUAAAGAAACUUCCACAUUUGGUUUGAUAAUCGAUGGCAAGUCCUUAACGUAUGCUCUCAACAAGAAUCUGGAGAAGUCAUUUUUGGAUCUUGCAACUAAAUGUGCUUCUGUUAUUUGUUGUCGCUCAUCACCUAAACAGAAAGCUCUUGUUACGGGAUUGGUGAAAAAAGUAACAGGUAAGACAACAUUGGCAAUUGGAGAUGGGGCAAAUGAUGUUGGCAUGCUUCAAGAGGCUGAUAUUGGAGUUGGCAUUAGUGGUGUUGAAGGGAUGCAGGCAGUGAUGUCGAGUGAUUUUGCAAUAGCUCAAUUCCGUUCUCUCGAACGACUGUUGUUGGUACAUGGCCACUGGUGUUACAGGCGAAUAACAAUGAUGAUAUGCUACUUCUUCUACAAGAACAUUGCAUUUGGCUUUACUCUUUUUUGGUAUGAGGCCUAUGCUUCCUUCUCUGGGCAACCUGCUUAUAAUGACUGGUACAUGUCAUUCUACAAUGUCUUCUUCACUUCACUUCCGGUAAUUGCUCUUGGUGUGUUUGAUCAGGAUGUGUCUGCACGACUUUGCCUCAAGUAUCCCAUGUUGUAUCAAGAGGGAGUGCAGAACAUCCUCUUCAGUUGGCCCCGCAUUAUUGGUUGGAUGUGUAACGGUUUUAUCAGUUCCAUGAUCAUCUUCUUCUUCACUUCUGCCUCCACUAAACGCCAAGCCUUCCGUGAAGAUGGUCAAGUAGUUGACUUUGAAGUCUUUGGUGUUAUGAUGUAUACUAGUGUUGUGUGGGUCGUGAACUGCCAAAUGGCUCUCUCCAUUAACUAUUUCACUUGGAUCCAACAUUUCUUCAUCUGGGGCAGCAUUGCCUUCUGGUAUGCAUUUUUAGUAAUUGAUGGUUCUCUCUCUCCGAAAGUAUCGACAACAGCAUAUAAGGUUCUCUUGGAAGCAUGUGCUCCGAGUCUGUUCUAUUGGCUGGUCACCCUUCUUGUUGUUUUUUCCACUCUGCUACCUUAUUUUUCUUACAGAGCUUUCCAAACACGGUUUCGACCAAUGUACCAUGAUAUAAUUCAAAUAAAACGAUUUGAAGGGUUGGAGACCGAGAAUUCUGGUGAGUUGUCUCCACGGAUGAAGGACAAAUUAUACCAUCUGAGGGAGAGCUUCAGGGAUAAUGAGCCAUGAAACACAGGUAUUUUCACAAAAUGUAAUUAGGUUUUUUUUCGUUUUUUUUUUUUUUUUUUUUUUUGAAU